AUAAUAAUAAUAAUAAUAAUAAUAAUAAUAAUAAUAAUAAUAAUAACAACAAUAAUCCAAUAGACAUAUUUGACAAGUUGAGAUUAGCGCAGCGAGAAGUCUCACGACGCUUUGAUGCAUGACAAGUUGAUGAAAUAUAGACGGAUUCAUUUAUAAAAUAUAUGAAAACGAGGGCUUGUCUGUCAAAUUCAUAUUUUUGUCCGCUAUAAAAACCAGCAGACCAAAUAAACUGGACCUGUCAUGGCUUGGUUCUGAUACCAGAAACUAAACCAAGAAAGAAAGAAAAACACUUUCUGGGAAAAAGUCCAAAUUUACAUUAAUUCUUUUCUUUUUGCCAUUUUUGGAUUCUGGUGAUUUUUCAAAAAUAAAGAUCACGAGUGUCACUUGUGCACUCUGUAACCGUUUCAUUUGGUCAAUUCAAUUACAGAAACAAACCAAAAAAGAAGACAGAACAUAACCCAAAAGAUUGAAGUGUUUUGCUUGCUGUCUUCUUCUUCUUCUUCGAUUGAAAAAAUCUAGAGUUUGUUUUCUUUUUUUUUGUAAACUAAAAAUCUAGAGUUUGUUAAGAAAAAAAAAAGGAAUGGAUUCUGAGCUUUAUAUCGUUGAUGGGUCUUCAUCUUCUUCCUCAUUUUGCCACCAUUCAAGUAGUACUGAACCAGAUAUGUUUUCUUCCGACACAACAACAACAACAACAGAUCUCUUCUGCAACAAUCCUUAUCUUAAUCCUAUAGAUGAUCAGUCUCUCAAUUUCUUUGACAACUUUACCCCUACGACUCAUCAUCUCCUCUCUUCAUCUCCUCCACUCUCUCAACUCCAAACCCUUAACCUCUCCCACACUAACACUUUCCCCAGUUUCGAAAGCUUCGACGCCGUCAAAACAGAGCGUCCUCUGUUUAACUCUUCAGUCAUGGAAGAUUCAUCGAGUUUCCCGAAUCAGAAUCUCUUAGGCUCGCCUGAAAACUCCAUCCUCUCCGAUCACAUGCGACGUGUCUACAGCACUGGAGAUUUGCAGAAUCUGAGAAUGGAUACUACGGGACAACGAUCAUACUCGAGUCCUUUAGGUGUGGAGAACUCAUGGACGACGCCGUUUCCCGGAGAAGAACAGAGUUUGAAGGUGGGGCGUUACAGUGCGGAAGAACGUAAAGAGAAGAUUUCAAAGUAUAGAGCUAAACGAACACAAAGAAACUUCACCAAAACCAUUAAGUAUGCAUGCCGGAAAACGUUGGCGGACAACAGACCAAGAGUACGUGGCAGGUUUGCACGUAACGACGAAGUUUUAGAGAACCCCAAGAUUGCUUCUUCUUUCUCUAUACAAGAAGACGACGACCUUUGGAAUUUGGAUGGGUUGCAUGAGGAAGAAGAAGCUUUUAUGAGUAGCUUUGUGGAAUGUCAGUCUCAGCCUCAACGACAAAUGCAAUACACAACAACUUCCUUCUGGUGAAAGCAUAUCUGUCUGAAGAAAGAAGAGAUGAAUAUUAUAUUUUCCGACUUAAUUUAAUAUGGAAUGGAAUCGAAUCAAGUCAUAUAAUGGAUAUUUAUUUUUGAUUCUCACUUACAUCAAGAACAAAAACUAAUAUAUGACUCGAUUGUAUAGUACUGCACUAGAAUAAACAAUUCAUGUUCUUUACAAAACAAUAAUAAUAAUUACAAAAUAUGGAUUUAUUUUAGGAGAAUAAAAUAGUGGUUUAAGUUUAACUAGUCACUUAGUGAUAGUGGUGUUGUAGCUUUUUCAUCGUUUUACUUUUAUUAAUAUGGAAACUGUUUCUCAGUUGCCUUUAUGUGAAUAUGUAGAAAGUUCAAAUAUUUGUAUCACCUUUGGAGAAAUAUUUGACCCUUGAAGGAAGAUUCUUCGGUGAAAUGAUGUGGUUAUUGAAUCACUUUGAAUUAGUGGACUAUCAAACAUUUAUGUAAUCUUAAUUGUAUAUCAUGAGAAGAUUAAUAUACUAAUGGCCCGAAUCAUUGACGGUAGUCAAGAUCCUCCCUUGUCAUGUUGGUAUUGUCUAUUGUGUGUAUAUAUACGAUUAAUAGCUUAGAGAAACACAAUUCAAAUAUAGCAUAAUAUGUAAGUCUGUCUGGUGUAUUAGCUUUCGUAUGUCCAGUGAUCAGUUGAUUAAACAAGUCAUCAACGUUAAAUUUAUAGUGCAUAUAUAGUUUCUUUAAAGAUUUUUUUUGAGAAUUGAUUUACUAAUUUUUCUAAGAAUAAGUUGAACGUUUUAAAAGGAGUUUUAUGUUGUUUGAAACUGAAAUAGUUUCAUAGACUAUUAUCAUGUAUUUCAUCAAUACAUUAGAAUCUAAAUGACGGUUGUUGAUUCUAAAAUCAUUUGACAUCAAGAAAAUCCUUUUAUAAAAAAUAGAAAGUUGAACUAAAAUAUCACCAUACUUUUUCUUUUCGAGGGGUUGAUAUUUUUGACGUAGCUAAAAGAAGCAGUUAAAUGGGUCAAAGCAGGAUCAUUUCAAAGUUCAAACUAUUCUUACACCUAUGUUCAAUUCUUUUUUUCCUAUGUGUUAAUUUUCUUGAAUUUUCAUAUUUCAAUAUGUUUCGUUGAGUCUUGUUUUCUUCCACAUAUUCAAAACGGUAUAUUUCAUUAAAAUAUUAAAAUAUUAUAAAUUACAAACUGAAACAAUCAAAACAUAUAAUAUAAUUAUUUGUAUUAAUGAUAUAUAUCGUUUGGCUAUCAUUGAAAUUAAAAUCUAAUAUAAUACGAUGAUGUAUAAAUACAAACAAGUUGCAAAAUUAUCAACUUGCAAAUUCUGGCUCUAUGUAGCACCUGCUUUCGAAAUAAUUGGUUACCUAAAAAGGAAAGUUGAUGCUCAAUAAGGAAUAUGUUCUUGCAAUCGAACAUCGAUAUAUUUUCCUUUUGAAACAGUUUUAUGUUUUCUAAUGAAAUGUAGAGUAAACCAGCAUCAUUCUAUGAAAACGACGCAUUAGUUAAUCAAUGUAACUUAUACUACAACUAAUCGGUCAAAUUCGGAUGCACUGUAGUUAAAUCCACAUAUUUACGUUUCAGAAUUUAUGUACUUGAAGUUUAAUUUUUCUUUCCUUACGUACUUAUAUAUUUAAGAUUAAUUUGUGUGCUGGUUCGUCAUUUAGGUGUUUCGUUAACGAAUAUAUAUAAAUAUUAAGUUAUUUCUAUAUCUAUCUUUUCACAAACCAUACAUCAUAUUUUUUUUUGAACUUUACAAACCAUACAUCAUUAUCAGUUUUCUUUUAUUCUUGUUUAUUUGUGUCCGGAAUAAGCCGGAUAAGUUACCAACCGGAUCCCCAUAACCAACUUGGAUAUAUACUUAUGUUCUCCAUUUGAUUUUCAAACAAACUUCUAAAAUUAUAUAUACUGUAAUACCUUUUUUAAAGUAGAUGUAUACAUCUAAAGUUUAAUUUUCUUCUUAUGAGGAAAACACUUGCUAGAGAAUAAUGUGAUGGUAUCAUCGAUUAGCAGAUCGUAUUGUUAAUUCUUCGGACUUGCCUUCUAUCUCUCUCUUUUUUUUUGUUAAUUCUUCGUAUAAUUUUUCCUAUGAAAAUAUAAAAGUUGUAAAAUUGUAUUUAGUAUUAUCCCCCACUCGGACUCUCGUAAAUGGAACUCGAUGAUAAGUGUAACAAUGGUAACUGAAAAAAAAGCUUAAAAAAAACACGAAAUGGUCAACUUAAAAAUUAGCCCUCUUUCGAAGCUUUCUUUGGUGUUUGGCUAAAGGUUCAAUAAUGCUUAUAGACCAGUAGGUUUAGAUUUCAAAUCUUAGAAAAUAUGAAAUUAUGCAAAUUAACGAAAAAAAAACUUACAAGAGAUUUACAUCAUGUCGCAAAGAAUAUCAUCAAAUGUGAAUCCGAUAGAGUGACUCAUAUGAUUCAGUCAGAUGUGAAUCGUUAUAAAGUAAAAUUAUCGACCGCAAAAUAGUCUAUAAUAUUUUUCAUAGUUUUUAAUAGAAUAGUUAUCCAACAUUAAAAAAAUUAGCCGCCUAAAUAAAAUUAAAAAUACAUUGCACGGAGACGCUGAACGGGUUCAUUGCUAAUUAUGUGAUGUGCUGACCCUUUUAACAAAAUCACGUGGUGACAAAGUAAAUACUUUAGAUGAACAAACAAAUGUUGCCAAGGCGGCUAGGCCUAAAGCAAAUGGACAAGCUAAGAUUUGAUUUACAUACAAUAUUAAAAUUCAUUCAAAACAUUUUUCUUAUACGAUUUGUGGUAUGCAUUGUUCUGGACUUUUGAUUGUAAUACUCUUCCAAGAAUUGGAUAGGUUAAUUCUAAGUGAACAAACAUAGGUGAGACGAGGAUAUUGUCUUUCGGUACUGAGAGAUGCAUGCAAGGAGCAGACGUAAUCACAUAUAACCGAUUAAUUUUUUUCUCUGUUAAAUAAUCAGUUUAAAUUUUGAUUUUUAAAAGCACUUAAGCUCAAAUUCUAUGAAAUAGUCCAACUAACUCAAAAUUCAUCCGAUCAAAAAAUCCCAUCGCUUCAUCACUGUGUGUCACAAGAAUGGAAAUAUUAUACAUAGUCAUGUAGCCACGAAAGUAAAAAAUUACACAUUUGUAUUUUGAAUUCCUGAAAGUUUUUUUUUUACUUUGCAGAAGUUUUUUUUUUUUUUUUUUUCGUUAACCGCGGGUUUCCGGCGACCGUGAUCAACCGACUAUUUCCGCGAAGCCCACGGCACUCCACGUACUCUUGCGAUUUAACGCUAGCCCGGGUGGCCAGCGGGACUCGAACUGGGGAUACCGUAUCGGGAGAUUUCCCCUCAAGUACCACUAGCCCAAGGCUGCUGGUUUCCCCUCAAGUACCACUUUGCAGAAGUUGAUCACAGCCUUUGAGUGGCAUUUGUACCCCACACGCCUGUCUUUUCUUCUCUCUACACAAAGUUCCGUUUUUCUUUCGGGCAGAGGUUCAACGAUCCCCGGUGAUCUCGUUUAUGAUUCAUGGUGCAUUUUCAGUAUACUUUAAAAGAUAAAUCUUGAUUGUAUCAUUUAUUAUCUAAUUCUUACAAAUAUAAAGAUUGGUGUUCAAAAACAAAAUAUAAAAAAAUAUAAAGAUCAAGGUUUUUGGUUUUUGGUUAUUUAUUUAACUAAAUGAUGUAUUUGUAAUAUUUGAUGUAUUAUAUUCACCAAAUAAAUAUUUUUUUGGCAUCUUAAACCAUCUAUUUAUGACGAAUAUUCGAUAUCAUAUAAAAAAUAGAACAAACAGACGUAAUUAGAGAAUUGCAGACGAUAAAUAAAAACAAUGGUUAUUAAUGUAAACUAUGAAGAAGUAUUAUAUUAUGACUUAGUAUGACAUAAAAGAUUAUAAAUUAGUUAUAUAUGUUUAAAGAAAAUACAAUGAUUUUUAAACUUUUAUGAAAAAUUUAACAUAUAAAAAAGGACGAUGAAUUAGUCAUCAAAUUGUAAAUAAUUUAAUAAUUUUAUUAAUAAUAAAGUAUUUAUAGUCUUUGUUUUUCGUCAAGAUAAUUAUUAAAUGUCCAUAACAUUAAUAUGUUAAAAUGUCAUAUUAUGAAAGCCCAUGUUAUAACCGUUUUUUUCCGGAAAGUGUAACAAAAAAAAUUACAUUUAACUUUUCAUUUUGUUUAAGUUUUGUGUCGGUAAUAGAUUAAAAAAAUCUCUCUAUCUUUUUCAAUGUUCAAUUUGAAGCUUAUUAUGCGAAUAUCAUACGCAAAUAUAGGCAAUUGGUUGGAAUCUCUAUAUCUUUAUAUUCUUACAAAUUUUAAAUUUAUUGUUUCCUCUUCUGCAAGAAAAUCAAUUACCGAAGUAAUAGAUCAAUUGGUUGUAAUCAAAUAUAUUCUUAUAAUUAGUGUAAUUAUGGUUACAGUUACUAUAUUUAAUAGAUACAUUAAAGAUAUGACAUUGAAGAUAUUAUGUUUUGAUUAAUAAAAGAUAUUGGAUUUUGAGUUUGUAUUUAUUGAUUUGUUUUCUUAUAAAGCUUAGAAAAUCAAUAGGAUGAUUGGUUGGUUGAUAAAUCCUAUAAGGAAAACGAAAACUAUAGGUGGUUUGAAUAUUGUACAUCGAUCGAUGCAUGAUAUAAAUUGACUAUAUAAAACUUGAGCAUGAUCAUUUCAAACUAAAGUAUAGGAAGGUUAUAUGCAUUUGUUAUAUUGUACUUAAUAUAUUUUAAAUAUUACAUACGUCAAGUGAUUCACAUUUUCGUAAAAAUAAAAUUCAAGUUCAUUAUUGGGCCGUACUCAUCCGUAAUAAGCUACGUUAAAUGUGAUGUAUUUUUAGGUUCAUUUAAUGACAUUAAGUUUAAAUUUGAUUAAGAAAAACUCAUUAAUUUAACUGAAAAAGACAAACAUUAAAAUAUGUAGGUUCAUUUAAUGACAUUAAGUUUAAAUUUGAUUAAGAAAAACUCAUUAAUUUAACUG